ACUGAAGUGCUCCUAAUCAACCAGAUCUUUCGGGGAUUUUUUUAAAAGAAAGAAACUUGAGUGGGUAAAAGAUGUGCCAUGGAAUGGUAGCACCAAAGAGCAACACAGGAUCGUCUCUUGCCUUGACGAGCCAUGGGUUAUUUGUUCUGCUAGUUAUCUUUGGUACCUUUAUUGUGGAAGCACAGGCCACAGGUUGGCUCAGCAAAUCCAAAGGACCUGCAUAUUGUCCGCAACCACCACAGCCUGAGAAUGGCGGCUAUAAAUGCCACCCUAGUCCCUGCAAUGACCCUCUAACUUCGGGCAGUGUCAUAGAGUAUCUGUGUGUUGAAGGCUACAUGCUGAAGGGAGAUUAUAAAUACCUGACCUGUAAGAAUGGGCAGUGGAACCCAGCCAUGGAAGUUAGCUGCAGACUCAGCCCAGAAAAAAGCUCUCCCCCAACAAUUGGAGUACCCACGCUCUCCAUAGUGGCCUCCACAGCAAGCUCCGUCGCCCUGAUUCUUCUCUUAGUUGUGCUGUUUGUUUUGCUGCAGCCAAAGCUGAAGUCAUUCCAUCACAACAGGCGAGACCAAGGUGUGUCUGGAGAUCAGGUCUCUAUUAUGGUGGAUGGUGUCCAGGUGGCCUUGCCAUCCUACGAAGAAGCGGUAUAUGGCAGCACAGGAAACUGCGUUCCACCCUCGGAUUCCCGGGUGCAGAUCGUGCUGUCGGAGGGAGCUGGGCAGAACGGAGCCAGAGAGAUGCAGCAGCAGGACCAAGGGGCUUGCAAUAGCUUUGAUAGAGAAGAUGAAGCUCCAGGACACUCUGGACUGUGUGAAGCCAGUGGCUCUCAGCGCUCUGAAACUGUACUUGUGCAUCAAGCUGCUACCUCCUCCUGGGUAGCUGGCAUGUCUAGCAGUAAAGCUGUGCACAAAGAGGUCCAAGACUCGGAAAGCAGUGACAUACAGAGCCUUUUAUCACUCACUUCCUCUGAGGAAUACACAGAUGAUAUUCCCUUAUUGAAGGAAGCAUGAGGCCUGCUGCAUUUGUCUAGCCUUCUCCUUCUUGGGUUUCUCCCUUUCCCCCUCUCCUCGGGACAGAAGCACUCUGUGCAGCCUUCCCCAUCCUCGCAAGCUGUGCCCUGGAUACCUCCAAGCAGAAACCCCCUCAGCUGAAGAUCCAAAGGAUGUCGCCAGGUUGCCUCCUGGAUGCACCAGUGGGGUUGGUGCAGUGCUGGCUUCCCCAUUCCAUCUGCAUCAGGGGCUCAAGGAACAUAGUGGAUUUGAGCUCUCCUCUCCUUUUCCCCAGCCAGAUGUUUGACAGCAGUCUCUGGAGAGCUGCUCUUUUCUUGUGCCUUUCUCCUACUCACACCGGCUUGUUGCAGCUUCUUCUCAGCCUCUCUAGCCCUUCUGCUGCCCAGAGAGCAGGGGCAAAAUCUACUUGCUCAUCGGGUGCAGACACGGUUUAUAUAUACGUAUGUAUAUUAUAUAGGCUUUUCUUUCAGCAUCCUCUUUGAUAGGGCAGGACAAAUGGGACUGAACCUGGGCUUGGGAGAGAUUCCAGUUACAAGGCAACUUGUGAUGUCUAGAAGUGCCUGGAAUGAGAUGGGCUAUGUGAUAACUUAGCUGUGCAAUAACGAUUCACUGAGAUUUGCUAGAGCUCUGAAGACUGAGAAGUCUAAUGUUUGGGAAGGCCCUCUGCCCCUCUCAAUACCUUCUGGUAUAGCAGAGCGAUUGCAUCCCUUCACAAGAGUCCACUCCUGAAAAUCUCACUCUACUCUCCUUCCUUCACUACCAGUGCAGUUCACUCAGCUGCGCUGGAAGCUGGGACUGUGACUGUGCAGCAGACGAGACAACUGUUUUGGCUUUGAUCUGGUGCUGGAGCAGCUCCUGAUGUUAGCUUGUGGGAGAGCCAUGGUGGCCACUGGUCAGCAGGGUCCAGAAAUGAGCACAUUUGUAAGUAAGCCAGGAGGAUCUGACUUUCAGUUAACCAAGCCUGUGUUAAUUGUGAGUUAGUCCCAUUCACUUAGGCAUCAGGACUGGAACCUGAUUUGUGGCCCUAUUCUUCUGAAUAUGUUGUGUGUCUUGCAAAGCUUUUCCAAUUACUAAGGCUGUUCUGCGCUUUUGCUUGGGUUCCCCUUGCUCAGGUCUUCAGGCAGAGGUAAUGCUUUUCAGUUGUAGUCUGGUAGUGGUUCUUCUGUUUGAAACUGUCAGGAGAAAAAUGCCCACAGGUAGUGAAUGCAAGGUCGCAUUGGUGCAAUCCCGAAUCACCUUGCCAGUCAUACUGGGGACCUGAGUACUUGAACCCUGGGUAACUACCAUCCAAAUGGCUAGUGUGUCUUCCUAACUUCAUAUAUAGUCAGUCUGCAAUUUUAACCUGAUGUGCUUCAGUGGGCCUACACAGAAAGGUUUCUUCCUUGCGGCUGGGGAUCAAAGUGCUCUGUGAAGUCUCGCUUAAAUACAGCAUGGUUGCCUGUUGCUGUGAAGGAAGGUUGGCUACAUUUGGACAGUGGUGCCAGAGGACACCACAACUUAUUCCAGAACAAGAAUAUUCAAGAUUGUUUUAAGGAAGUCUUGUUAGGAGAGAAAAAAAAAAAAUCCAAGAAUGUGUAUAUGUCCGCCUCCCACAGUUACUACAGCAGGUCAGAGUGUCCUGGUUGCUGUUAACAGGAUUUUAUUGCAGGAAACCAAGUUCAUGUGGGACAGGUGAGCCAAACAAAAAACACUGUGGUGGUAGUAAAGUUCAGGGGGGUGUUGUGGAGAGAGCGUUCCUUGGAACUGGUUUCAACAGAAAAUUAGGCUUCUUAGAAAGAAUGUGCGUACCUUGUCAAAACUGCCUUGAGGCAACCAAGGCAGUGCUUGCCCUGUGAGAAGCUGCUAAAAUUUUCAUUUGAGUUGAAGGAGCAAAACGUCAUGGCCUUACACAUCAUGUAGUAACAUACAGGUGAACAGGGAUGCUGGUCACUGCUGCUUUGCUUCUCUUUUACAAUCCUCACAGUCCUCAUCCUUGUUGCUCUGGGAACAUAUUGUCACAGCACUUGGUAAAAGUGACAUGACACUUUUUAAGGCAUUAAGACUGUGGCUUUGAUCCAGUUCCUGGAAAUAGGGAUUGGCCAUGGUGUCCAGCCGUCUGCCUGCUACUCCUGUUUCUGAUUACCGUUAAUUCCUAGGACAGCUGGGACAGCACAUGCCUGUGGAUGGAAGAGUGCUAUUUUCCCUAUCCUUGUUUUAGAGGGACAUUAUUAAAUUAAAAAUACAAUAUUUUAAACUUCCUUCCCUGUGGCUCAUAGCAUCUUAGGUUAGCACAAGGAUUUGAUAAACUUAGUUGGUUGAGUUUGAGUCUUUUGUUCAGUUCGGGUGAUGAAAAUCCCAUGUCAUUUUACCUAGGGCUUUAGUGUUUCAACUUCAAGCAGUGCAGAGGGCAAGUGUUAUUUACCCAUCUGCUGUUAACAUUUUAGAAAAUCGCAGUAUGGGAACGUUCUUGCUUAGUUCUGAAUUCCUGCCUUAAAAAGUGAUCUAAGCUUGAGCAGCGUCUCAUUCACUGAUUUUAUCAAAGCACGUAGAGGGAGCGAGUGAGUGUAUGGUGAGAAGGGAAGAAUAUGUGACCUUUUUCCUGUUUCCUAUUGAAAACAGAGUAGGAGGAGUUGCUCUUUACAUAGUUUAAGGUCCUGUCUACUCAGACUGACUCCUAGCAACAGAGAUGCAGAAGUCAGGUGCGUGCUGUCUUCCUGCAAGGUACAGUCCUGAACUCAGUGUAGUACUGGGUUGGUGGAAGAAGUAUUCCCUUAAGGAAGCUGGGGGGCCUGACUUUGCCCUGGAUAAUCACAUGCUCAGUGAGCAAAGAGCACAUACUGAGUGGCCUUGCCUCCUUUCUCUGCUGUUGUAAAGUGAUCAGCCACCAGUCUGGGAGAAAAAGUUUCAAUUUGGGUGGAGAAGAGAAGGAAGCUGCACAGAAGAGGGAGUGCUUUACUGUUGUUUCAUUUAUAGAAAUUACUGGAGAUGGCUUUCCAAAAAAAAAAAAAAAAAGAAAAGAAAAGUGUAGGUGGAGGGGAACUUGUAUGCAUAGGUCUUGUGAUCAGGCCUAAACAGUCAACACCUGUUUACUUGCUAAGAGGGUAAAAGCAGCUCCUGCUGCGGGUGUGUUGCUUGUGGCUCAAGCUGCUCCCUCUGCUGUGCUAGCCUGUAACCCCGCUGACUCUCCUCUGGCGCUUGCAGAAGAGCCUUGUCCCGUGCAGCAACAGUGCCAUGUGGAAAUGGGCCUUUAGGACCUCUGCAAGCUGGAACAUGAAUAAAGAGUUUUUGGAUUAUCGCAUCCCUCUUUCCCAAGCCUUCAGCUUUGGAGUUUAUUUUCACGUAAAAUAAGGUAGAAUGGGUAGGGGAGGAACCUGAAGAGUUUUCUGCUUGAUGAUUGUUUUCAAAUGGAAGGAGGAGGAAGACCUCAUCUAAUUUACUGAUAUCAAAUGAUUGUUAAUCACUCAUGAUUGCUUUAAUUCUGCGGAGGCUGAAGGAUUGGGAAGUCUUUGGGCAGAGAUUUAGAAAGACAAACUAAACUGAACACUCCUGUCUUUAUUCACUGGAGCAAGGACUGAGACCUGAAGAUCCCUCAGUCAUGAGCUCUGCUCUGUCUCGGGAGCAUUCAUUACCUCUAAGCAAAGAGUGCAUCCUCUGUGAUAGAUGGCAUAGGCAUAAGCAGAUGGAGGUAAACACAGCCUGGAUCUCAGUGUGUGGUGAAUGGGGAGCAGCAAGGGCUCAGCUGUGUGUUGUUGUUGGGUGUUUUUUUAACUAGUGGGGCCACAGCUUCCUUACCUCUUUUCCCACCUGUGCCUGACAACAGAAUUCCAAGUGAGGCAUUUUUUUUUUUCUUAUUUAACACUCCCAACUUAAUCAUCUCGUGUUCUUUCAUACUUGCUGGACUCUGAGAUGUUCAAGAAGAAAAUUAAAAUGAUUUAGUUACAUUGUAAAAUUAAAAAUGGCACUUAUUUUAAAGGAUUUUUUGUUUUUUUUAAGGAUCUGAUAGGUUAAUUGAAAGGGCAUUUCAGAAAUUCACAAAAUACUAUGUGCAAUAGAAAAACCUCCUUGCUUUCUUUGAGUUAUGUGGGUGGUUUUUUUUUUUGUUUUUUUUUUUGUUUUUAACAAAACAAAACCUAGCCUACUGCAGUGUUUACAACCCAAGCAUUACGGACCUGGACCAGUCUAA